AAAGCUACUCAUAGUGACUCUCGGUAGUGGUUUAGAUCAGUUCGUGGUUCUGUUGAGCAAGGGCCAUAUAGUGUAGUAUUCGUCUGGAUACCCCUCCUGGCCCAGAAAGCCAAAGGGGGGGGCUCGAUUUUAAAUGAGUUCUCAUAGUCCUCCUAAGAGCAGAUUAAAAGAAUUGUCAGGAAGAAAGCAGGUAAUGCUGGAGAGAUUCAGGAAACAAUGGCUUCAUUCUGGUGAUGUUGAAGAGUACGGCGGGAAUACAAAAGCUGGCGGUCAGUGUGUGAAAGCCAUUGCGGCAACAGUCCAUUGUGUCGGUUGCCUCGACACAAAGCAGGAACAAGGACAUGAAACCGGUGGCUCAACAAAGAAGCCGGAACUCUUCCUAGAAUUGCUAAAAAAGCAACAAUCCCCAUGUCUUUACUCGUCUUUGUCCAUGCUAUCGCAUUCUUGCAUUUCACCUUCAAUGAAUUCUGACUCUAAAGAGCAGGCAAAUGGAAUAAAGUCUGAUAGUCGCCAUUCCAUCAUCCGAAAGACUAACGUAGGAACAAUGCGAGACAGAGAGACCAAUGAUGACGGACCCUUCAGCUGGGCUCACAUCGCUCGAACCUGAAGUGUCUGCACCUGCAGGAGUGAGGAGGUGAGUCACACCCCGACUGGCCUAUCAGCAUGUCCAUCUACAAAGAGGAUUUGCGCGUCUUGCCGUGGCUGUCGCCUGGAUAAUGCUGGUGGGAGUGGAUGAACUGGGCACGCCUGUACGGAGUAUGAUGGAAGAAGAUUCGCAA